CGGCCCCGCCGCCCCCCGGGCGGGACACCGGCGUCCCAGCCAGCUCCUCCGUGACUGGAGACCCGCCGGGCAGAGUCGCUGCGAGGACAGGCCAAAGCCUUCCGGGGCCUCGGGCCCGGGGACCCGAGGAGGAUGAGCUGGCUCCUUCCCCUGACCAAGAGCGCCUCCUCCGCAGCUGGGUCCCCCGGUGGCCUCACCAGUCUCCAGCAGCAGAAGCAGCGCCUGAUCGAGUCCCUCCGGAACUCCCACUCCAGUAUAGCUGAAAUACAGAAAGAUGUGGAAUACAGAUUGCCAUUCACCGUAAACAACCUGACUAUUAAUAUUAAUAUAUUGCUUCCUCCACAAUUUCCUCAGGAAAAACCAGUGAUCAGUGUUUAUCCACCAAUACGACACCACUUAAUGGAUAAACAAGGAAUAUAUGUUACCUCUCCAUUAGUAAACAACUUUACAAUGCACUCAGACCUUGGAAAAAUUAUUCAGAGUCUGUUGGAUGAGUUUUGGAAGAAUCCUCCAGUUUUAGCUCCUACUUCAACAGCAUUUCCAUACCUGUACAGUAACCCAGGUGGGAUGCCUCCUUAUGCUUCUCAGGGUUUUCCAUUUCUUCCAACAUUUCCCCCACAAGAAGCAAAUAGGAAUAUCACUUCUUUAUCUGUUGCUGACACUGUUUCUUCUUCAACAACAAGUUACGCCACAGCCAAGCCCGCAGCUCCUUCAUUUGGUGUCCUUGCAAAUCUGCCAUUACCCGUUCCCACAACGGACACUUCAGCACCGAUAAGCCAAAAUGGUUUUGGUUACAAGAUGCCAGAUGUCCCCGAUGCAUUUCCAGAGCUUUCGGAACUAAGUGUGUCACAACUCACAGAUAUGAAUGAACAAGAGGAGAUAUUGCUAGAACAGUUUGUGACUUUGCCUCAACUAAAACAGAUUAUUACUGACAAAAACGACUUAGUAAGGAGUAUUGAGGAACUGGCAAGAAAAAAUCUCCUUUUGGAGCCCAGCUUAGAAGCUAAAAGGCAAACCGUUUUAGAUAAGUAUGAAUUACUUACACAAAUGAAAUCUACUUUCGAAAAGAAAAUGCAAAGGCAGCACGAACUCAGUGAGAGCUGUAGUGCAAGUGCCCUCCAGGCAAGACUGAAAGUGGCUGCACAUGAAGCUGAAGAAGAAUCUGAUAAUAUUGCCGAAGAUUUCUUGGAGGGAAAAACUGAAAUUGAUGAUUUCCUCAGUAGCUUCAUGGAAAAGAGAACAAUUUGCCACUGUCGAAGAGCCAAGGAAGAGAAGCUUCAACAGGUGAUAGCCAUGCACAGCCAGUUCCAUGCUCCACUGUAGAUUUUCUUGGGGAAAAAAAAAUGAACUGCCAAGAGAGGAAUGGAACACAAGCUAAGCACAUGAUUUUAUACUUAUGAUUUGCAAAUUGGCAUUUCAUCACAGUGGCUGAAUUUAUAAAUAUGUGGAUUACAUACAGCACUCAGACUGAUUUUGUACAAAUUAGACUCAUUCUAUGAUCUUGCUUUGAGAAAUUUUUCUGCACUAUUUGCACUAAAAAUAUUUAUUGUGGAUAAACCCUAUCAUAUUUAAGUUCUGCUGUUCCUCUUACUAUUGAUUAAAUGCUUAUGCAUGUAAUUUUAGCUAGUUUUCAAUAUUUUAUAAACUACUACAUUUAAAUUUGUAUUUUUAAUUUGAAGCUGCCUCAUUUCUUUAUCAGGAGUGGUGCAUUAUUUAGAUUAUUUUUCUCUUAACCUUUCUGGGAAAUUAUUU